AUGACUAAUGAUUGGUUCAUGUCUUUUCCUGAUAGCAAAAUAACAAACCAACCUUUCAUGGCCUCGGAUCAUGCGGCUGUUAUCUUUGACAAUAAUGUUGUCGUUUUAAAGAAGUUCAGACCUUAUCAAAUUGAUAAUUGGUGUCUUCAAUUUGCAGAAGUUUAUCAUUUGGUUAAUGAUGUUUGGAGGGAUAAUACUCAAGGAUCUUCAAUGUUUUUGCUGUCAAGAAGAUUAGUUUCCCUUCGGUUAAAAAUUAGGUCUUGCUGCCUUAGGAAUAAGAAAUUAUGGGGUGUCAAUUGGAAAGAUAUGAGUGAUACACUUGCAACUGUGGGGGCAAAGGUGCAAACUCUAAAUCAAGGGGAGGAAUAUAUUGAUAAAGUUGAUGAUGCCUUUUCACAAGCUUCGCUAAAAGUUCAAUUUUGGAGACAAAGAAUGAAAGAGCGAUGGAUGGCGGAAGGUGAUUUUCCAACACAGUUGCUUUAUUCAAGGGUCAAGGUUAGGCAAAAAAAGAAUGAAAUUUUAUCACUUAAGGAUCAGAGUGGUAAUUGGGUUGAGGGACAACAACAUGUUCAGGAUAUUGUGGUAGCUAUGCUUAGCAGUCCUUUUUUGGACAAUGAUAUUAGGACUUCGAUGUUUGCAAUGGGUGAUUCUAAAUCACCAGGUCCAGAUGGGUUUACUGCAGGGUUUUUCAAAAAACAUUGGGAAAAGGUAGGACCUUCAGUUUGUGAUGCAGUUCGGAGUUUCUUAACAACAAGUUAUCUUCUCAAGGAAUGGAAUCAUUCUCUUUUGGUUAUGAUUCCGAAACGUGAAAUGCCAGAAGAAACAGGUCAUCUGAGACCAAUAAGCCUUUGUAAUACUGUAUACAAAUGUGCUUCGAAAUGUCUGGUGGGGAGGAUGAAAGUUGUGUUGCCAAGUUUAAUUUCUCCAGCGCAACAUGCUUUCAUUUCUGGCAGAUUUAUGACAGAUAAUAUUUUACUGAGCCAUGAGCUUAUUGAGAAAAUCAACACCAGACGAAGAGGGAAAGGCUACCUUGGCGCACUUAAAAUUGACAUGAGUAAGGCCUAUGAUCAAGUUCAUUGGGACUUCCUUCUCCAAGUUCUUAGAGCUUAUGGUUUUCCUCAACAUUGGAUUCAAUUAGUUCACCAGUGUAUUUCAACGGUAUCCUACAAAGUCCUAGUCAAUGGGUCUAUCUCUGAUCAAUUUAGACCGACCUGUGGUAUUCGUCAGGGAGAUCCCUUAUCUCCUUAUUUGUUCUUGUUCUGUAUGGAUGUCCUCUCUAGAAUGCUUCAGUUGGGGAAUGAUUUAGGUUACUUUCAAGGUAUUCGACUUAUGAGAGGUGGCCCCCAGAUGACACAUCUUUUCUUUGCUGAUGAUGUACUUCUCUUUUUUACUGCUACCACUAAUAGUUGCUCCCAGUUGGUGAAAGUUCUUAACAGGUUCUGCGGGAUUUCAGGUCAGCAAUUCAAUUUACAAAAAUUUCAUGUUAAAAUUAGUCCUAAUACCCCUGUAGCUGACCAACAAGGUUUCAAAGAUAUUUUUAAGAUGCAAUUGGUUCAAAAUUUUGGAAUGCAUCUUGGAGUCCCAGUUGAUUUGGUAGGGAAGAAGCAUACCAAUUUUCAGUUCUUAGUUGACAAGGUUGCCGGUAAGAUUUCAGCUUGGAAUUCUUGUCAUCUGUCUCAACCUCAAAAGUUGAUCCUUAUCAAUUCUGUUCUUAUUGCUAUGGUUUCCCAUGUUUUUAAUUGUAUGGAAGCUCCUCUUUCCAUAUCGACCAAGCUUGAUUCCAUUUUAACUCGGUUCUUUUGGGCUAGUAAGUCAAUUAAAGGGAUUCACUGGGUUAGUAAGAAAGUUCUUCAGCUUCCUAAAGGGCUAGGUGGCCUGGGCAUUCGAAGUGCUUCAUGCUUGAAUAAGGCCUUACUUAUGAAGCACGUAUGGCGUUUAAGUAGUAAUUCCCAAUCUAUGCUAGCUGCUACGGUUGACCGUAAAUUCUUGAAACCUUUGCAUACUGGGAUACAAGCUUUGUUGGUCGGACGACGUCUCUCCUGGGUUAUGCGGGCAAUGGGAAGAGCUUUCAACAAUGUUCUUAGAGGUUGCAGUUGGAAAAUUGGUAAUGGGAAGAAAGUUUCGGCAGGGGGUAACAAGUGGGUCCUGGGUGGAAUUCCUAUUUAUAGCUCUCACGUUACAUUACAACAAGCUAAGGAUUGGAAAGUACAUCAUUUCAUUCAUCCUCUGGGUGCGGGUUGGAACCAUGAGAGGAUCCAGACAGCCUUUGAAUUCCAAGAUGCUCGUAAAAUAGUUGGUCUUGAACUUCCAACUUCGGAUACUGAAGAUUUUCUUUAUUGGGACUUUCAUAAAUCGGGUAAAUUUACGGUUAAGACUGCCUACGCUAUGCUAGCAGUUGAGGAAUCUUCUGAUAUGAUAAACGUGCCACAAAAUAACAUUUAUAAGAUGCUUUGGUCAUCGGGUAUCCAUCCUAAGUGGAAAUUAUUCUUGUGGAAACUUCUUCAUAAUGGCUUGGCAACCAAGGUCAAUCUGGGGCGAAAAGGUAUCCAGGUCUCGAUCUUCUGUGAUGUUUGUGGGUGUGGCGAAGAAGACAUACAACAUCUCUUCCGGUUUUGUAACUUUGCGCAACAGGUUUGGAGGAGUGGAUCCCUAGCUAUCCACUCGGAAUUCAAUGAAACUAUGUCCUUUUCGGAAUGGUUUCUGUUUUAUAUCCGGCAAUUUCAACGCCAGGAUGGGAACCGCAGCCUGAGAAUAGUGUACUUUAUUAGUACACUUUGGGGCCUGUGGUUGAUUAGGAAUAACAGGGUAUUUAGGGGAGAGAUUUCGACAAUUGCAAUUGCUCAAGCGCUUAUCAAUAAGGGGAUGGGUGAACAUGAUUUUCUUCGGAAUCAAAAACACCCAUAUUUAGGGUUUCUACAUCCUCCUGAGGAUUCUUUAGGUUUUCCACCAGGUUUUUUCAGGGCUAUCAUCUCGGGUACGGAAGACCAGGGUGCUCCAGCUAUAAUAUUGGUGGAUGGUUCAUGGCAUAAGAUUACUGGGAAUGCUGGAAUGGGUUGGGUUCUAGAUGCUCAGCCAGGCACUUCUCAUUCGGCUUUGCAAUCAGAGGCUAAAGCUUGUCUUCUAGGUUUACGGUGGGCGUCUCAGUCUUUGAUAAAAAGAGUUACAAUUUUAACUGAUUCACAUCGGUUAGUUGAACUGUUGCGAGGGGAUGCGAUGUUAGAUGUGCAAAUCAUGUGGACAGUUGCGGAAAUCAAGAAAGUGGGGAAAACCUUUUCUUGGUGUUGUGUCAACAAGGUUGAUCGUCAACAAGUGCAGCAGGCUCAUGAGCUAGCAACUGCAGCGUCUACUUCUCUUUUGUGGUUUAAUACUUUUGCGUAG